ACUAGACUAUGUACACAGAUGAUUUUGUUUUCAGUGGUGAAGGCUUGAGUAGAACCAGCAACACUUUUUGGAAAUGUUGAUAGCAGGAACUUGGUGCAAAUAUUUACCAUAAACUCAUUGAACAACAUAUCUCAGGUUUUUUGUAUUAGAGUUCCCCAUCUCUUGGGUUGUUGACUUUGUUAUGGUUUAGAAUCCAACCUACCUUGGUAGGUUAAAUGCACACCUGAGCACCAAACCAGAAAUUUCAAAGUCCUUGUGUGCAUGCACACAAGUCCUUCGAAAUUAUAUAUUUUAUUCAAACUGGAAAAUAAAAUAUAUAUAUUUAAAAUAUAACAAACAUACUGAUGAAGAAAUGAAAGUUUUUACUAUUCUGAUCCAGAAACACGUCUAUGAUUAACUAAAACUGGAAAGUCUGCGUCUCACCUGUGGAUUGCCCAGUUAUGAGGGAUGGCCACCAUGUUCUGAAGAAGAAAAUGAAGUGUCAUGUCUUAGACACAGAAAAAAAUCUCAUCAUUGUUGGUAGAAUAAUAAUUCCAGUGAAUAACAAGACGCCAUGGAGAAAAUAAGGUGCGAAGAGAUGAACAAGAAUUCUGCCAGCUGUAAAUUACCGAUAAACACCGAACUGAAGAUCAUCGAAGACCCUGUAUUUGUACAAGUCCAUGUUGCUGCUGACCGGAAGGACAUUGGCCGGAACUGGACACACAGAGAGAAAUGGUUGUUGUCCAUUUGUAUCUUUGUGGUAGUAGUUUUGGUGGCCUUUGUCACUGUUACUUUUGUUUUUAAGGAAAUAUAUAAUGCUGCAGAACUUCUUGAGGACAUUGAUUUCUCAGUGGAUCCAUGCGAUGACUUCUACCAAUAUACCUGCGGUAAUUGGGAACGGAGAAACAUUAUACCUGAAGAUAUGGCAGCCAUUGGCAACGUCGAACGGCAACACCGCAAACUACAGAUCAUUAUUAAAACUCAGAUCCAAUAUAUUGGAGACAAACCAUUCCACCUCAUUCUCCGUUCUUUCGGUGGUUGGCCUGUCAUCACAGACCAAUGGGAUGCUGAUAAAUUUAGUAUUGAAUCAACUUUGGCAAAACUCUACAAAGAAUUUCACAUCUCAGUGAUUCUCAAUUUCAAUGUCUCACCUGAUGAUAAAAAUUCCAGUACCAAUAUUAUCCACCUUGACCAGGCUCAUCUGGGAAUGCCAAGCCGAGACUACUACUUGGAUCCAAAUGAUAUACAAUAUGUAGACGCUUAUGAAAACUUCAUGGUUUCAGUGUCUGAGUUGUUAGGAGCAGACAGAAACUUCUCAAGGAAGGAACUCAGAGAGGUCAUUCAAUUUGAAACAGAAUUGGCAAAUAUCACGAAUUCAAUUGAAGAUCGAGUUGAUAUUGAAAGCUUAUAUACCAAAAUAUCAAUAGCUGAAUUGAAUCAAAUGGCACCAGAGUUUGACUGGCUGAAGUAUUUCCGAAGUAUCAUCUCUCCAGAUGUCCAAGAAAGUGAACAACUGGUCACCAUAGCACCAAACUAUCUCAAAAAUAUGUCACAACUCCUCAGUAGAACUCAUAAAAGAAUUAUAGCCAAUUACAUAUUUUGGAUUAUGACCAAGGAACUAUGUCCUCACCUCACACAUGAGUAUCGACUAUUAGAUUAUCGCUAUAGGAAGGUUCUAGAGGUAAGUGCCAUUGCAGCCUUCCCACUUUUCAUAUCCACAUUUCAUGUUUCAAUUUUCACAGUCAACAUCUCACAGCUGUCAAGAUAUGGAUGUCAACUGAUAAACACUGAAAUUGGUCAUGCUGUCGGAGCCCUUUUUGUCAGUGAACAUUUCAAGAAAGAAAACAAAGACAUUGCUCUGGAGAUGAUACAAAACAUUCGAAAUGCCUUCAACAAACUCCUUGACGACAAUACGUGGAUGGAUGAAGAAACUAGAAAAUUUGCUAAGGAAAAGCUGGAAGUGGACCCUGACAGCUACUUUCGCAAUGUCCACCAGAUCAAAAGAUACAGGUCUCAUAACCAAAUCAAAGAAUUGCGGGAACCAGUUGAUAGAGAGAAAUGGUUGCAAGACCCAGCUGUUAUUAAUGCUUAUUACAACCCAAAUACUAAUGAUAUUGUUUUUCCUGCCGGAAUACUACAGCCUGUCUUUUACAGUAACUCCUAUCCAAAGUCUCUGAAUUACGGUGGAAUCGGUAUCGUAAUUGGGCAUGAAAUUACGCAUGGCUUUGAUAACAGAGGUAGAAAGUUUGAUAAAACUGGUAAUUUGAAACAAUGGUGGAAGAAUGAGACUAUAGAGGCUUUUAAUAAGAAGGCACAGUGUAUGAUAGACCAAUAUUCCAGUUUUGUCUUGAAGCAAGCUGGUUUAAAGAUAAGAGGUAUAAACACACUUGGAGAAAAUAUUGCCGACAAUGGAGGUUUGAAACAAGCUUACCAGGCCUAUCAACAGUGGGUCGCCGAUCAUGGGGCUGAACCACCAUUACCAGGGAUCAACCUCACUCAUGAACAACUGUUCUUUGUUAACUAUGCACGGAUUUGGUGUGGAAAAAUGAGAGAUGAAGAAGCCCUAAACCAGAUUAGGACCGAAGUACAUAGUCCUGGACCAAUAAGAGUCAAGGGGCCAUUAUCAAACUCUGUGGAAUUUUCCAAAGUAUACAACUGUCCUUCGGGCAGUAACAUGAACCCAGUGCACAAAUGCCAAGUUUGGUAAACACCGUUUCAUUCAUUAGCACCAUCAGAGUGACUUCUAUAUUCACCAUACAAGCAGUUAACACUGAUAAAUGCAACUUGCAGCUCAUCUUCUCAGAUCCCUUGAAAGGAAACACAGUCAUGGUUCAACUUCUAACUUCAGCUUACCCCUUUUCUCUCUCUUUCUCCCUCUCUCAAUGAUGUAUGAGCUGUGAUUUAGGGAGUUCAAGUGGUCGCAGUGGUGGUGGUGGUGGUUGUUAUACCUUGUUGUUAAUUCAGUCUUGUACACAAUGUUAUUUUGGUAAAAGGAUGGGAAAGUUUACACAUGGUGGUAGUGGUGGUGUGGUGAUGGUAUUGGUUGUGUGGUAGUGGUGCAGUAGUAUCAGUGGAAGUGGGGUGAGUCAGGGGCAGGGUAGUAAGGAGAAGUAUUUAUAUCAGUGUGUGGUGGCUGUUAGAGAAGGAGAGAGAGAGAGAUCAGAAGUGGAAUGUUGUUCUGCAGUUGGCAAUUGUGAAAUUUGAUCAGGGGGUUGCUUGAAAAGGGCUGACACAGGAUCAAACAAUAACUCCAGAUAGACCAACAGUAACAUAGUCCUAGAAAUGUUAUGGCUCAAAAAAACACCACAUGGUGGACAUGGCUGAAACACAUCUGAUCACAGGUCUACUCUAUUAUCAGGGCUGAUCUGGAUCUAAGCAACAAUUCUUGAAGUUCAACACACCAGGGUUCAAUUCCUGGUGAAGUUGGAUAUUUUUUUUCCACAGACAACUAUUUUUGAAUAAACAAAUUUCCAACCCAA